AUGUAUGUAAGAUUGACUUUGUGGUUAUUUUUCUUUGUUUUUAGUGCUGAUGCACAGGACUAUGGACAUAUUCCGCCGUUAAGUUAUCGCCUCAACCCCGCACCAGAUGGCCACAGGUGCGGUGUAUGUCCCACGUAUUUCCAAAAGAUCUGCGCGUUCGACCCCAAAUCCAACUCGACGUAUAUAUUCGACAAUCACUGCAUAAUGGACUUGUACAACUGCAUGGAAUCCAGUGCAUUUUUCCCAAUGAAAUACGAAAAAUGUUUGUAUUUCGGUAACUUCGCUUACGUCCACGGAUACAAACACGAAGAUAUGGACUACGGCGAGGAUCAUCUUACAGUGUUACACUCAAAAAAGAACCCAGAUUUUAUAUGA